AUGGGCGACUCGGCGAACAGAGACCAUGCUGCCUCUGUGCCAGUGCCAGACUCUGCUCGCUCGGUGUCUCAGGCGACCUCUACCAUGGAUACUGUCAUGGAAGCGCCAAUUGACGGGCAUUCGGAAUGUGGGAGCAUGCGCAUCAGUGAGUCUGAGCUGCGGUAUGUAGGUGGUGAUCACUGGGCGGCGAUUCUCGAUGGCAUCGCGGAUUUAAAGGACCACUUUGAUCGCGAUGAGCAACUACGACUAGCCAAUACCCCAGAACAACUGCCAGACGAGCCUGCGCAUGACUCGUCCCGGCCAAGAUCUGGGUAUGCGCUACUCCUGUACGGGUGCCGGAAGAUCGCUUCUCGUGGCGAGAUUUUGGCAGCGUUGCCCCCCAAGGCUGCUGUUGAUCGCUACAUAUCUCGAUUCUUUAAUUAUCUAGAUUUAGUUUCUGCUUGUUCGUACUCCACUUUAUGCUCCAUUGGGGCCUGUGAAUCUGGUAUUGACUAUCCUUACAGCAGCCGUUCAUGGUCCAAGCUUUUUAAGAGAGGCAAGUUUUCUCCACCCGUUCCAAUCAUGUGGAUCGGUCUUCUGUUCAGCAUGAUCUGCCUUGCUUGUUUGACUACGGAUACGCUCGACGCCGAAGUGGAACAUCUGUCGCUUCAGAUUGAUCUCUAUCGAGAAAAGAUCGUCCAGUGCCUAGUAUUGGGCGAAUACACUAGGACAGGGCCGUACGUUCUUCAAACGGUGAUCAACUACGUCUAUAUUGAAUUUUGCCUUCGCACGGACGCUGAUCAAGAUACGUGGUAUUUGCUGGCCUUGGAAAUAAAUCUGGCCAUGCGGAUGGGCUACCACCGCGAUCCCAGUCAUUUCCCAGGAAUUUCUCCCUUUCAGGGAGAGAUGCGUCGCCGUUUGUGGGCGACGGUCUUGUUGGGCGACACGCUUGUGUCGAACCAAAUGGGCAUGCCACGCAUGAUAUCUGACUGGAAAUGGGACACAACAGAGCCGCGAAAUUUGAACGACACGGACUUUGACGAGCAGUCAACAAACCUUCCUCCGUCGCGUCCCUUGACUGAAUACACAAAUUCCCUCGGACUGAUCGCUCGACGACGUAUCUUGGCAGCACUGGGCACAGUGGCCGAUCUCACAGAUGCGGUCAAGCCAUGCAGUUAUGCAGAUGUGAUGCGCGUCGACGGCAUACUGCAGGAAGCCGCAGCCAGUAUUCCGCCACUUUUGCAGAUGAAGCCCUUGGCAACGAGUGUGACGGACUCUCCGCAGGUCAUCAUGUCGCGAUUGUUCUUGGGUCAUAUGUUCUACAAGGGGCAGAUUGUUCUUCAUCGCCGGUUUCUGUACACAAGCUCGGCUAACCCAAAUGAUGAUCCAAUGAGCUAUUCGCGAAAAGCCUGCUUGGAUGCUUCCCUGGGCAUGCUGAACAUCCAAAACAUGCUUGAUGAGGAAACAUGUCCGGGCGGCCAACUUUAUACCAUGAGGUUCCGUGUGACUUCCAUUAUGAACCAUCAAUUCCUCACUGCUACUAUGGUACUAUGUUCCAUGCUGUAUCGGGGGAAAACAUUACAGCGGGAACAGGAGAUUCGGGCAGCCCUUCAAAUCUCGAGGUCCAUUUGGAUGAGAAGAAGUUCCACUUCCAAAGAAGCAACAAAAGCCGCCGAAACUGUUAGUUUCGUCCUCGCAAAUGCCGGCGAUGGUCACAAGUGCGACCUCUCUUUCAAUCAAGAUGUCUCCCGCGACUUACAAGGCAAUUAUCAAACGCACGCUUUACUCGGAUAUUCCGCCAAAGCUACCGGUCAACCCCUGGAAGAAGGGCUGCUACUACCAGGUAAUAUGAGUUUAUUCGAGCCCGAUCAUUUUCUCAUGUCAGGCUCCUUUGGAAUGUUGGCUUCGCCCAACCAGCAAGAUCAACAAUUCGGGCCAAACUUCAACGCAUUGGAGAGACCAGCUGACAGUUGGAUGAUGAUGAAUAUGCCAGGGCAACCAUGGUCAUGA